ACGUCAAUUUGUGUUUGAAAGUUUACCGUUUGGGCUUGGCUAGUUGUUUGUGGUGUUAUUAUUCCGAUUCCUACGCUUUCUUUACAAAGUUAAAAUAAAUAUACACAUUCAAAAUGAUUCGAACGAAUCGGUGGAAAGGUGGAACUGACGAAGAAUACGCAACCCAGCACUUUGGCUUCGGAGCGCAGCGCGUCAAAAUAGCUCUCCGGCAAAUGGUUGAAGAAAAAAUUAGGACUGGUGUGUGUGAUAUGGAAACGUAUCUACUAAAUUCCCUUGACCUCAAUGAAAAUGACAAAGAAGCAAUCCGUAGCUUGUGUAAAAAAUUGUUACGGCUAUACUGUGAAAGAGCAGAGCCCUCCUUAGAAGUUGUGGACAGUGAAAUCGAGAGAAUAUUGACUGUGCCUUCAAAUAUGUUGCUACCUGCUGAUGAGGUACAUGAAGAAGAAAUUACAGAUACAGAAUACGAUAAAUUAAAACAAGAAGUUACAGCUUUGAGAAACAGAGUAGAGCGAGCAGCUUUGAUGGAAGCUUUACUCACUGCGGAGGAGAAUGACAUAUCUGCUUUGGAAAAGGUGUAUGAAACUGCUAAACAGAACAUGGAAAUCCAGGAUAUGAUAAACAAGAACUUGGAUAAAAAUUACUUAAAAACAAUUCAAAGUAGUGCACAGUUAUUGUGUGCGCAGAGUGCAUUGAAGGAUGACGGGUUUUUGGACGAAUCAUCUUAAAAGUAAUAAUUUAUUGUACAUAUAAUUGUAUUAUAUUUAGUAGUACUGUUUCUAGGUAAUUUUUGUACAAUAUUAUUGAUAUUCUUUUGAUGGUUAUUUGGGUGAAUUUGUAAAUAGUAUUUUUAUGAAAUGUUAAUGAUCAAGGUACUCAUACCUUACAAGAAACUAAUUGCAAACAGUGUUUGUGUAGUUUCAUGCUAACACAUUUGUUAUAAUUAUGUGUAUUUUUGGAAUGUAAUCAUGAUUUGCCAUAUUUAAUCAUAAUAUAGUUUUACUAUAAAUCAGCGGUCGGCAACCUUUUAGCA